GCAGCGGCUGCUGCGGGAGGUGGUCCUUUAGCCUCUAUGCUGCCAGCGGCCAGGAACAGCUUCACCGGGCGAAAUUCGUUUAGCAAUUUGGGAGGGGGAGAAAUGUCAGAGCUGGCCUCGAUCGUGGAGGGGAAAAGGCAGACAAUGGUGGAAGAUUUUAUCUCUAAGGACUACAGCACGGCAGAUUAUGACAAGGAAGUAUCUGGUACAGCAAGUGCAACAAAACAUCAUCAUCCCGACAGAAAGUAUUUGCACCGGAGAAGGUCUGACUUUGUGGAUUAUGGCGACAAGUUGAAAACCCUGUACAUGACAGGAGGCACGACCAGCGGCAAAGGUGGUGGUAGUGGUGAUAAUGGGGGGAAGGAGAACCUGUUGCACGGCGGCACAAAGGCGGGGUUUCAAAAGCCUCCUACAGCUGUCUCUUCACAAGCAGCGGAAAACAACACGAGAAGCGAUUCAAUACCAAAACAUCAACUGCCACUGCACGAUGUCGUUCGGAUGAAGCAGCACGACCCUGAAGCUGGGCAAGAGAUGAAGAAGGAGACCGCAGACGAGCAAAACCGCCAUUCCUCGUCCUCCGCUGCCACAGAAGUGGUGGAGCCAGGACAAGAGAACCGCGACUCCCUUCUACCUGCGGUUGCCGACAAGAACCGCACUUCCGCAGUUUUCGGAACUACACUACAAGAGCGGUUCUCAAAAAAUAGUAACAGUUCGCAAAUCGCGUCCAGCCCUGCGGAGAGCGACAAGACCGUGGAACAAAAGCAGCCGUCUCCGACGGAUUCCGAGGCAACGGUGA